AUGCUUGCAUAUGGAAUUCCUGGUGAUCUUGUGGAUGAGUAUGUUCGUAUGAGUGAGUCCACAUGUCUCCCCUCAAUGUAUAGUUUUUGUACAGCCGUGGUGGAAAUGUUCGGCCCUAAGUACCUCAGAGAGCCGACUGUCUCUGAUACAGAGAGGUUGUUGGCGAUCAAUGCCGAGAGGGGCUUUCCAGGCAUUCUUGGUAGUAUAGAUUGUAUGCACUGGAAGUGGAAGAAUUGUCCAUUUGCUUGGCAGGGGCAGUACAAGGGGCAUGUGAAAGGUGCCACUGUUAUACUUGAAUCCGUGGCUUCACAAGAUCUCUGGAUAUGGCAUUCUUUCUUCCUCAUGGCUAGUUCUCAGAAUGAUAUUAGUGUUCUUCAGCGGUCUCCGGUGUUUGCGAGGCUUGCAGAAGGCCACUCCCCAGAGGUCAACUUUGAGGUCAAUGGCCACCGUUACAACAAGGGAUAUUACCUAGCUGAUGGUAUCUAUCCUCAGUGGUCCACUCUUGUGAAUACCAUACCCAAUCCGCAAGAAGAGAAGAGAUAG